AUGAGGUUAAUUCCUGAAGGGCGAGAACUAUUAUCGAAACUCCUUGCCAAUCGCAGCUCGGUUUUUUUCGUAUUGAAAAAAUAUAAAAAAGUUAUCAAGGAUAUAAUUGCUGUGGAGAAACUGGGUUGCUAUCCAACGAAUUUGACUCAUAAAUUGGAGUGGCGGAAAGAAAGAAGCUCAAAAGCACUUAUGGAGCUCAAUACAAUAGAUGAAAAUUAUGAUGAAACGUUGAAAUUUUUGGUGGAAAAUGACAUUAUAACCGAAGCCCAACGUAAAGAAAAAAACCAGGAAUUCGAGAAAUUCAAAAAAGAAAAUAAAAUAAAGAAACACCAGUUGGAUAUUCUUGAAGAUGUUGAAGAUUUCGUAGGAGGAAAGAAGUACGUCGCAGCACACCCCGCAGUCGAUAUUGCUUACGACAAAAAAACAGGCAGAAAUGCGGUCGCGAAAGAAGACAUUCCCAUAGGCACAAUUAUUUUGAAAGAAGAAGCUCACGUUGCCAUACUUACAAAGAAUAAAUCAUUAGAGAACUGCCAACAUUGUCUAGCAUCUACUGAUCAACCUUUGUCUUGUCCAAACUGUGCCAAUGUCAUAUUCUGUAGCACAGCUUGCCAGAAAAUUGCUUUAGAUUCGUAUCAUGGUUUGGAGUGCAAAAUGUUUGAUACUAUUCGAGAAUAUGGUACAAAUGUUUUCCUUGUACUGAGGAUGUUCACUCAAAGGGGAUUUUCAUUCUUUUUUGACCAAAGAGAAAAACUCUCUAAAUAUUUAGCAGAUAAAAGACCUUUGGGGGUUCCUCAGAAAGAUGUUUAUCAUCAUGACGAUUUUGACAAUGUCAUGUUUUUGUUUCGAAAAGAUCGUCAUAGUGAUGAGUUUGAUGUUUUCGUCUACUAUUCAACUGUGUGCAGUAUACGCUUAUUGAGAUUGAUGAAUUUUUUUCCUUCCUCAAACGAACGGAAAAUUUUAACAGACAAAGAAAUAUUCAUUGCUCAAUUGUUUCUGAGAAACUGCAGAAUAGCGCAUUUUAACGUCCACGCCAUCAACGAAAUCAAACCAACUGAGACCAAAAUGCUGAUUAAACAUGGGCUUAAAUCGUUUUAUGAGAUGGUGCGACUAGGAAUUGGACUAUUCCCGACGCUGUCAUUUUUUAAUCAUUCGUGUGAUCCCAGCGUAGUCAGGUAA